GACACGGGUGCUGCCGUCACGCUGCUCACAAGUCGCACAAUCCUGCCGGUGCACAGGAACAGCCUGCGUCAUGCCUUCCUAGCACUAGAAGAUCUUCAGUACUGCGAUAUCAGAUCGAUCGGCGCCAUUACAUUUGCUUCUUGCCUCGCCAUUUCGGUUACCCGGCGGCGCAAGCGUGAAGUGAAGGAGUACGUUCGCGCGGCGGCGAUGGCCGGAGACCACGAGCUCACCCUCACCCAGGUGGGGGACCUCCCGGAGGUCUGCCUGGCGCACGCCAUCGCGCUCACGUCCCCGCGCGACGCCUGCCGCUGCGCCGCGGUCUCCCCGGCCUUCCGCGCCGCCGCGGACUCCGACCACGUCUGGCGCCGCUUCCUCCCGCCCGGCCACCGCGGCGCCACCGUCCUCCUCCCGCAGGGACCACCGGCCAAGUCGACGGAGACAAGCAAGGACGCCUACCUCCGCCUCUGCGACGCCGCCGUCAUCGUCGACGGCGAAGGCAACGGCAGCAUGAGGAUGUGGCUGGACAAGGCGAGCGGCGCCAAGUGCUACAUGCUUUCGGCGAGGGCGCUGAGCCUGCCAUGGGACGACGGCGAGUUCAGCUGGAGGUGGACGCCACACCCGCUCUCCAGGUUCGGUGACGUGGCCGAGCUGGUGGAGUGCUCGUCCCUGGACAUCUACGGCCGGCUCCCGGCCGCCGAGCUCACGCCGGCGACCUCCUACGCCGCGUACCUGGUCUACGGCGUGGCGGAGGGGCACCGCGGCCUGAGCUACCCGGACCAGGAGACGACCGUGGCGCUGGGCGGGGGCCUCGUGGCGGCGGCGCGGGCGCGUCACGCCGUGUGCCUCCACCCCGCCGAGGAGGCCGAGGCGCGCAAGUUCAGGGCCGUGUCCCGCGGCGCCGGCGAGGACUCGCCGAGGCGGCCGAGGCUGCGGGAAGACGGGUGGUCGGAGAUGGAGAUGGGGCGGCUGCGCACGCCCAGCGACGGCGGCGGGCAGGAGGCCGACCAGGAGGUGGUGGUGAGCUUCGAGGUGCUGGGGUGGUACCCGAAGCGCGGGCUCAUUGUCGAGGGCGUCGAGUUUAGGCCCGUCAACUGAUGUCGGCCUUUCUAGCUUGUCGUCUUCGACUCUUCGUGUAACGCUUGGUUGAAGGGAAAUUUAUGUAAUAUAUGCCCCUGAUUAAUUUGGCAAACAGGUAACAUGCUCUUGUCCGCAAUAGUAAAAUUAGUGGUAUUUUCAGGACAACUUUCUCAAAUCAAUGUUAUUUCCAUGUGAAAUUUUUUUCCA